UUACAGCCCUGACAGUGAGGGCUUUUCUGUCAUGGCGGAUGCAUACAAAACGGUUUUUCUCUGCGAGCUCAACGUUUGAGUGUUUGCUCUAACAAUGUCUUCAGUUCAGUUUCAAACACAUUUAAUAAACGAGCAGGAAUCUCCGGCUCCAGAAAUCAUUGUCAAGUCCGAGGAGGAGCAGAGCUGGCCGCUGGAUUUCCCUCCGACCCCACUGAUAACCUCAAACCGGGAAGACUUUCUACAGAAUGAUGCUGUGAAGGAUGAUGAUUUGGGUGACCACCUUCUUUGGGACCUGGACAGGAACUCCAGUUUGUACCACGAGGGACAAGAACCUCUGCAGAUGAAACGGGAGCAGGAGCAGCCAGGACAUCAGUGCAUAAAAGAGGAGCAGGAGGAGCCAGGACAUCAGCAGAUAAAAGCAGAGCAGGAGGAGUUCUACAUCAGUCAGAACGUAGAGCAGCCUGUGCUAAAACCGGAGACUGAUAUCUUUAUGACCAUUUGUAUAAAUAAGGAAGAAUCCCACACUGAACCAGAACUAAGGAGGAACCAACUCAUCAAUCAGGAACCCCCUGAUGCUGAGAUCCAGGUUCAUGAAAACUCAGGAUCGAACAGAAAGAUGGAGAGAACACGAAAAAAGAGACAUCAGAAAUGUAGAGAUCACAAUGAGAAUCCUGAUAGUCCAAAUCGAAAGGGGUGCAAGCACACUCCCAAUAAGGAAGUUAAUUCUUGGAAAAUGUAUUAUAAACGUUUUUCUCACAAGAGUCUUUUGACUAAAAAGAUGGCAUUUAAGACAGGUGAGAGUCAUUUCCUUUGUAAGAUUUGUAAACAAAGUUUCUGUUCAAACUUUUCAUUAACUAGGCACAUGAAAAAUCACAGAAGUGAGGCUCCUUUCCCUUGUUUGAUCUGUGGAAAACGUUUCAGUGAAAAAUAUGGACUGUCUCUUCACAUGAGAACUCACGCAUGUGAGAAGCCUUUCUCAUGUGACGUUUGUGGACAAAAUUUCUGUUCAAAAUUUUCAUUAACUCGGCACAUGAAAAUUCACACAAGUGAGGCCCCCUUCCCUUGUGUAACCUGUGGAAAGCAUUUCAGUGAAAAAUAUCGAUUGUCUGUUCACAUGAGAACCCACAGAAGCGAGAAGCCUUUCUCGUGUGACGUUUGUGGACAAAGUUUCUGUUCAAAUUUUUCAUUAAGUAGACACAUGAAAAUCCACACAAGUGAGGUUCCCUUCCCUUGUUUGACCUGUGGAAAACAUUUCAAUGAAAAAUAUCGACUGUCUGUUCACAUGAGAACCCACACAAGCGAGAAGCCUUUCUCGUGUGACGUUUGUGGACAAAGUUUGAGUUCACAGUUUUCAUUAACCAGGCACAUGAAAACUCACACAGGUGAGGCUCCAUUCGUUUGUUUGACCUGUGGAAAACAUUUCAGUGAAAAAUAUCGACUCUCUUUUCACAUGCGAAGCCACUCGAGCGAGAAGCCUUUCUCAUGUGAGGUUUGUGGAAAGAGUUUCAGUCAAAACAACUCUUUAACUGUUCACAUGAGAACUCACACGGGUGAGAAGCCUUUUUCGUGUGGUCUUUGUGGAAAGAAGUUUAGUCAAAACAGCUCUUUAACUGUUCACAUGAGAACCCACACAAGUGAGAAGCCUUUAUCAUGUGAUGUUUGUGGGAAGAGUUUCAGUUUAAACAGCUAUUUAACUAGUCACAUGAGAACUCACACAGGUGAGAAGCCUUUCUCGUGUGGUUUUUGUGAAAGACCUUUCAGUCACAAAAUGUCUUUGACUAUUCACAUGAGAACUCACACGGGUGAAAGGCCUUUCUCGUGUGAAGUUUGUGGAAAAAGUUUCACUCAAAAAUUUGGGCUAAUUACUCACAUGAGAACUCACACCGGUGAGAGGCCUUUCUCAUGUGUAGUUUGUGGGAAAGGGUUCAUUCGAAAAAAUAGACUAACUGAUCACUUGAGAAUUCACACAGGGGAGAAACCCUUUUCCUGUGUGACCUGUGGAACAUGUUUCAGUUACAAAAUAUCUUUGACUACUCACAUGAGAAUUCACACAGGGGAAAGGCCUUUCUCGUGUGAGGUGUGUGGAAAAGCGUUCACUCAAAAAAAUGGGCUAACUGUUCACAUGAGAACUCACACAGGCGAAAGGCCUUUCUCAUGUGAGGUUUGUGGAAAGGGGUUCAUUCAGAAAAAUAAGCUAAUUGAUCACUUGAGAACUCACACUGGGGAGAAACCUUUUCCUGUGUGAUUUGUGGAGUUACAGGAUAAAACGGUACCUAUCAACACUCCCACAGGUGAGAAAUCUUGAUCGUUUACAAACUUGGAAGGACAGUUCUUUGAUACAGAUUUAUUAAACAUAUACUUGCAUCACACAGGCUAGGUUAAAGCUAUAUGGAAGCUAGGUCUUUCAAACGAAGAGCCUCUUUAACAAACUAGUUCUGUCAUUGUCAGAAAAUAAAUCCUCCUCUGGUCAUAAUUACUAAUCCAGCUGACAAUAAACAGGCUUGAGCUUCAUUACUAGAAACAUUAGUAUUGAAAUUCCUCCUACAAUAUCAAAACAAAGUCAUUUUGACCCUCAAAAUGCAUUAAUGAUGAGUAACAUGAUUAAAAGUACUGGCUUUGCGUUUAACACUUUAAAAUUCUAGAGUAGACUAAGAAUGAAAAUAGAGGAAAAGCAAAAGCCAAAUGCUUUACACAAAACCAAAUUGACAAUAUUGACUUAUUUCUGUAACAGGAUGGUGAAAAAAAAAUAUUGAGAUGUAAAUGUCAUGAUUUUUGUUCCCUCACUCUUGUCUGUUGCAGCUGUUUUUGGAUAAAAAAAAAUAUGAUUGAUAAAAAAGUUUCAUCCAUAAUUUAAGUUAUGUUCAUAAAGCUGAAGAAUGUAAAAAUAUGCUUAGUAUUUACUUGCCUUUACAGGUUUGCUUGUUUUACAAAUACAUGUUUCGUAUAGUUGAUAAAGAGUCGGCUAACGAGGCAUAUAAAGGAAUUGCCAGAUGUAAUGUUUGAGUCUGUUUUGUUUUUCUUGUUUAAAUAAUGAAGGUUUUUUGAUGGUCAGUAAGCUAGUUUUUUUGUUUCAAUUGCUAUAUUAAAUUUGAUUGACAUAAAAAAUUGUAACAUGAUUUACUUUUUCUGUAUUGGCCAAAAUCACAAUAGAAGAUGAUGUUACCUUAAAAGAUAAUUCUUGUGGU